AUGGCUACAGGGCAACCCCAUAAUCGAAAACGAUCUAGGAUUGAGACCACUAAUUUCCAGAGGCUUCAGCCUGAUUUCGCUCGUACAGGCGACGCGGAUACAGUCAAAGACCUCGUCGAAAAUGGAGCCAAUCCCUUUAAAACACUUCAUCCUUGCCGCCAACACUUUCCAGGGAAGGCCUAUCAGAAACUCAAUGCGGAUAAUAAUCGAAUCGGCUCCAAGAGGAGGACCAGCCGUAUGACUGCUCCUCUAAAAUAUGAGGCGUCCAACCCCAAUGGCUAUACUGUCCCUCCCUUCCGUGGCAGAAAUCAUGUGACAACAGUCCAACAAUCACCGUCUGGCAGGGCGUGGACUCAAGAAGAACGGCCAGGGGAUUAUUCUGCUUCAGGUCCAGAAGAACCUCGAGGCACAUCUCCAAAUACGGAGGACCAAAGUCUGAAUAAUUAUCCUUUCAUGUUCCGUCUUCCAAUUCCUGAGUUAAAAGUCGACCCUCCUCCCCCUGGCAAUAUAUCAAGCAAGGAAAUACCUCCAGGAGGCCCUAGGAUUUGGGUUUAUUCCUUUUCAGGUAUAGAAGAACUUCGGGACACACCUCCGUAUACCGAGAACCCAAAUUGGGAUGAUCUGAAUUUCGAUGCUCUGAAUCUUGAUGCGGGCGACAACGAAACCGGCGACAACGAGGCCGGCUCUCCAACCAUAGAUCGUGUUCGUCAUCAAAACCGCAAUUGGGGCUUCUCUGAAGUUGCAUCUACUAGUCCUGUAUCAAUGAGGGUACCGCAGCCAGGGCGACAUCAAUUUCGUUGCUCCGAUAACAGCCACGGGAGGACUUCUUGGCGUGGUGUUGAUGAUACGACGAUCAAUGCAUAA